AUGAGUGAAUAAUAAUCAAAGGGUGAGAGUUAAGAAAACUCAAGUUUAUUAUCUUCAUAGGAAGAACAAUAAAAGAAAUACGUAAAACCAGUUGAAUUGAUAAAUUUUUCAAAGGGAUCAUCACAAUCCUUAAUUAUUAAUGAGUAAACUUCAACUAGAGAAGAAAGAAAAAUGAAAUAGUAUUUACAACGAAUACAAGAGAAAGAACGCCAGGAAGAGGCUGCUACACUCAAGCGUAAGCGGUCGAAGCCAAACCCUCCAUUGAAACAAUAGGACAGUCAAGAAUAGCCAACAAGCUCUGAAAAUAAAGAGGAAGAAGGAAAGUAAACUAUUUCUGUAUUUAUUAAGUCAAUCUUUAGCUAUGGCUGUGUAGUUAAAUCCAUUGUUAGUCCCUUAAUAAAGUGUACAAUAAUCAGAGUAACUAUCUUCAUCAACAAAGUUGAGACUGAACCCAAAAUUAAAAAUGAAAGUAUGACAUUUUGUAUUUAUAAUAAAAAGGAACAACACCACAUUUAUCUUUACUUGUCGGAUUGCUAAGAUAGAAGCUUUGAUACUAUGUAGAAAUUAUAAGCUUCUGCUACCCAAUUAUAUUCCCCAUAAAAAUAAACUAAAGAUUAAACAAGUUUAAAUCAAAUAAAUCAAGAGAUAUUUUAGGAAACAUCUUAUUUAAUAAAAAAUAUUAAAAAUUAAUAUUAAUAAUACAUUGAACCCAUUCAAACAAUAGGCUUAAACGAUUAGAAGGAGUUUUACAAUAAGUAUUUUGAUAAAAAGUACGUCGAAUCAGUCAUCAGAGAGAGUAAAUUGUAAAUUCAUAAGAAAUCAUAACUUGAAAAAUAAACAUCAAUUGGAAAACAAAUACCAAAAAAACAUUGA